CUUCAUAAGCCCUAGCCUAUGUAAGCCUUCGCCCUCGCCGUCUAUACCAGGACUGCCCUUCGUUUUUCUGCAACACCGACUAGCAUUUCCGCACGCCGCCGCCGCUGCUCGCUCUUGAUCUUCGAUGGCUUUGCCGAAUCAACAGACUGUUGAUUACCCGAGCUUCAAGCUCGUGAUUGUCGGUGAUGGUGGCACAGGAAAGACAACAUUCGUGAAGAGGCAUUUGACUGGUGAAUUUGAGAAGAAAUAUGAGCCAACCAUUGGUGUGGAGGUUCACCCAUUGGAUUUCUUCACCAAUUGUGGGAAACUUCGUUUCUACUGCUGGGAUACUGCUGGACAGGAGAAGUUUGGUGGUCUUAGAGAUGGUUACUACAUUCAUGGGCAGUGUGCCAUUAUUAUGUUUGAUGUCACUGCUCGUUUGACAUACAAGAAUGUUCCCACGUGGCAUCGUGAUCUAUGCAGGGUUUGUGAGAAUAUUCCGAUUGUUCUCUGUGGCAACAAGGUUGAUGUGAAGAACAGGCAGGUUAAGGCAAAGCAGGUUACGUUUCACAGGAAGAAGAAUCUGCAAUACUAUGAGAUAUCUGCCAAGAGCAACUACAAUUUUGAGAAGCCUUUCUUGUAUCUUGCUAGGAAACUUGCAGGGGAUCCCAACCUUCAUUUCGUGGAGUCUCCUGCUCUUGCUCCUCCUGAAGUGCAAAUUGACUUGGCUGCUCAACACCAGCAUGAACAAGAGCUUGCAGCAGCUGCAGCUCAGCCUCUCCCAGAUGACGAUGAUGAUGCAUUCGAGUAGAUGCUUGCAUUUUGCUGCUGAGGGGAUUUUUCAACAUUUAUGGGCAGAGUUUGGUUAUUAGAAGUAGGAGUCAGCCUUUGACUGGAAAUUUUUUGUUCUUCCUGAUAUUAUAUUUGUUUGGAAUCUCCUUUAUGUUAUGUUCUAUAAACUUGGUUGCCUUUUGAUGGUUAUAUGUUUUUCCAUCAAUGAGAUUUCAAUUCGUUUGUACUCAUACUUGAUUUUGGUUAUGGGGUGCAUAUUUUAGUGUCU